AUGACUCUCCCUACGAACAAUGCCGAAUGGGGUGCCGUGAUCUCCAGUAUCAAGGACCAGCUCCCGGAGGUCUACCCCGUAUACCAAACCCCACUUCCGUCCUCCGUGAACCGGUACAUCGAUCACACCCAGCUGUCCUUAGAGGCAACAGACGAGGAUAUUGACAAUCUCUGCGCGGAGGCCGCUCGAUACAACUUCGCUGCGGUCUGCGUUCGCCUGCGACAUGUCCGCAGAGCCGUUACAAAUCUCCAGGGCAGCCCAGAGUGCACUGUGGCCUGCGUCGUGGGAUUCCCUGAAGGCACGCAUGACACCAUGGAGAAGGAAAAAGAGGCGCUGGACGCCGCAGAACUGGGAGCGAGUGAGCUAGACAUGGUGAUCAAUUGGCCAAAAUUGAAGGAAGGGCAGUACAUGGAUGUCUACGCCGAUGUCCUUGAAGUGCGGAAAGGGGCGCCGUCGCCGGUCAAGUUGAAAGUCAUCCUGGAGACUUCGCAAUUGACCAAGGAUGAGAUCAUUGCGGGCUCCGUUAUAUCGAGCAUGGCCGGGGCCGACUUUGUCAAGACCAGUACGGGAUUCAAGGGAGCGGGGGCCAAUGUUGAGGACGUCGCUAUGAUGCGGGCUGUCGCUGAGCUGGUAGGAAAGGGAACCAAGGUGAAAGCCAGUGGAGGAGUUCGCUCAGCGGAAGACUGUGUCAAGAUGUUGAAAGCGGGCGCAGAUCGCAUUGGAACGAGUUCAGGGGUGAAUAUUAUAAACCAGCUCGCAGGGAAGGAGACGCAGCCGGCCACACCUGCAGCUUACUAG